AUGCAGGUCAUACAUCUGGAGGCAGCAGUCAUUUUUGGGGUUCUUAUUCCUCAGAUAUCCAGCAUCAGUAUUUCAUCUCCAGCUUCUGACUGUUUUGCUGCGGUGGAUACCUGCAUGUCAGAUUUAUGCAGGCAUGAACGGGCAUUUUAUGCUGGCAACUGCGAGGAUGAAGGGUGCCAAAUAAAGGGCUUAGAGAUCUGUAACAUGACCAUCCAGACUGCACUGGACCAAUUUCCAUCUUUGCGAGGAUGUGUGUGCGCCUGGGAGGAGCAGCUCUGUGACUCUAUACAAGUCCUAGCCUCACAAUGCACCAGAAUGACAGCAGUUCAGCAGAAGAGGAGCACCAUGAUGGACCGGCAAUCAAGUAAUUUUAGAAACAAUGCAAAUGAUGGUGCAGGAUCCUGCGUGGAUCGAAUUGGGGUUUGUGUCAGUGAUUCUGUUUGCAACCGACACCUCGCGCCGCUUCUUCAAGCGUGUAUGACAGAGCAGUGUGACAGUGAUCACUGUCAGCAAGAAAUUCAGCAAUUCUAUAGCAACAUGCCACAAAACACUGCUGAGAUGCUGGUGAUGUGCGAGUGUGAGGCUUCAGAUCAGAGCUGUCUGCUAAUGAAAACUGGUCUACAGAGCGGUGCGUGUGGAGAUGAGACCAGAAUCUGCCAAGAAAGACUUGACCAGUGCACUGAGGACAGUAGUUGCAGGGACCUGUUGAAAACCCUCCGAGCCAAAUGCUGGAGCCCAGAAGAAGCACAAUGCCAUGAGACGAAUCCCCAAAGAGACGAAUGUUUGAUGCUGAAGCAUCCAGAUCUCAUUCUUGGCACACAUUCGGAAUGUAAAAGGGCCUUCUUGGCGACUUUAGGCACAGUGCUUCACCAUCCUUGUACAUGCGAAGGAAUGCAUAAUGAUCAUCUUCUGACAUGCAGGAUGAUUCAACAAGUAUUUCAUAACAGAUCAUACUUUAUAACAGAGAGAGAAAGCAGUGGUCCUAAACCUCCUGAAACCAAUGAGCCUGAGCCUGCUCACACAUGGCCAUAUGAUAAUCUCUUGUAUGCCUUUGUAGCUGUGCUGUUUGCUGGAGUUGUUAUAAUUAUGCCCUUGGCUAUUAUCAGUAAGAUCUGGUUGUUAAAAAAAAGAGACCAUAUCAAACUUUGCCAUCCACAGGGGAGAAAUUGUGCUGUUCUUCUCUGAUAUGCUUCUUGUUUUAUACACACACACACACACACACACACACACACACACACACACACACACACACACACACACACACACACACACACACACAUAUAUAGCUUUUAAAUGUCAUGUUGAUUAGAAAAGCUUAAAAAUAUUUUAGCCAGCAAGACUAAGUUGUGGAUUCUUUUAAAAACAACACCUUAAUCAAAACCAAAGUGCAUUAAGUAUGAAUAAACUGCAGCAAAUGAGUAUUCAUCACUUAUGAAAAACUACCUGUUGGCUCAAGUUACCUUUGUGCUUUUUGAGAUAGGGUUCCUUCUAAUCUUUUGCAGAUCACCUCCUCUUCUUUUGUCUACAGUAAAUAAAUAAUUCUUUCUGGUUCUGGCUCCUUGCUUAAAGCUGUCACACAAAGUUAACUUCAAAUUAAAAAUGCCAUUUCUCAUAUUACAUUUAUGUACAUCUGACACUUAAAAAACGAUGAUUGGGAACUCACAAGAUUCAAAUGUGAAGUGAAUGUAUUCAUCCAUCCAUUAUCCAUGGACCCUCCCAGCUACCAUUGGCAGAGAAACAAGGUACUCCCUGGUUAGCUUCCCAGUCCAUCACAACCCGAUAUGCUCACACUAACUCAAUUUAGAAUAUCUUGAUAGGAUAGCAUGGUUAUAUCAUGCAUGUUUUUGGACUUUGGGGGAAUGCUCUGGAGAGAAUUCAUACUGGUAUCCAAACACUAAAGAUCACACAGAAAGGCUCCAGUCACGAUUUAAAUCAAGGGAUAAAUAUCUGCUUGUAAUAUUGCUAAUUGCUGCACCACGGUGCAGACAAAACAGUGACUAACUUUUCAAACUACAAAUAUACCUGCAACAAGCAAGACAUUUUAAUAUCUUUGUUUGUUAUGAUGUCACAA